AUGGCAAAGGAAGCUGAAGUUGAGAAUUAUCAGCCCUGUUUGGAUCAUAAAGGAAAAGAAGUAUCUCAUGGGGAUAGAUUUUUUCCUCUUGGUAGCGAUCCGUGUACUCAGUGUACCUGUCUGAAUGGCAAACCUCAGAUGUGCAUAGCCGUUUUUUGCUCACCACCCGAAAAUUGUCGUCAGUAUCAUGCUUUAAGUGACAAAUGCUGUGAAUUUGUUUGCCUGGAUCGAGACUUUCCUAACAAAGCAUCAGGAAAUGGAACAUAUCCAGGCAAGGAUGAUACAGAUGCCUUGAGCACCACAAAUCUUGGUUUAAGACUUGUUGCCAGUACGGUUACAUCAUUCUUAAUUCUUGCUCUUUUGUUGUUCAUGAUUCAUCGUUUGCGUCAAAGAAGACUUCUACUUAUGAUUCGUCGUUUUCAUGCUCGGCGAAUGGACAACGGCAAUGCUCACCUAUCUAGAAGGUUUUCUGAGGAUGACGAUGGUAGUGUUGGUUAUUUUGUUGGCCAUGAUCAGUUAGAUUUCAGUCGAUAUGAUGAACCACCUCCCCCAUACACAUUAUGGAAACCACCAGAAAUGUAUAUUCCUCCUGGAGAGGCACCUCCUCCAUAUGAUCUUUCUGUUCAGCUGACAGCUCCUUAUUCAAGCAGUGCUCGCUAUAACUAUGCACCUACAGAGACUGUUGAUGUUACUCAGCAACAAGCCAUCAUUCAUGCAGAAAAUCUGGAAGAAUUUCCUCAAAAUACAAAUUCAGUUGAUGUAUCAGCUGCUAAUAGUAAUAUGAUAACUGUAGAAACUUUUCCGGGUCCAAAUUGUAGUUUAUGUACAGCAGCAGAUAUUGAAAUGAACAAUGCAGCCAAUUCUUCUGAUAGAGCAGUAUUACCUCCUGAUAUUCAAUAUGAAGAAUCUUGUUAUGGGUUAAGUAAUGCUGUGGCUUGUUCAUCUCAACCGGAGAUAACAGUCAUUGAUUCAGAUGUGAGAGAUGAAGAUCAAACUAAUACUAAUGUUGCAUGUUCAAGUAAUUCUUGUGAUGAUAAUGCUGUAGCAACAACCAGUUCUUGUACUUGCUCUUUAACAUCCAGGAAAGGCAAGAUAUACAAACGCCAUUCAUGCACUGAAUAUGAGCAAAAUAAAUCUCGAAAGUCUGGGCACAACAGACAUUAUAGUCUUCAUCCAUCUGGAAAUCAAGAAAAUAAUAAUUUAUACCCUGAUCCUACUUCAUGGAAUGGAGAAGCUAGUGAAUCUUCAAGCAGCUCUAGUCCUACUUAUGAUCAGCCAACUUUAAGUCCCAGUACUAGUGACUCAAGUUCAGCUGAUGCAGAUUUCCCACGUGUUUCUCGAGUGGAUAAGUUGCCCGGGACUACAGCGUGUUGUACAAUUCCUACCAGGACUUCAACUCAUGAAAUAUCGUUUGAAAGUUCAAGAACUAAAGACAUAGCAGAUGAUGUUUCGAAGCCUCCUAAUUUCCAAAAAACUUUAUCUAAUUUAAAGAAAUUUUCUCUAAUAAAGAGAAAAAAGAAAAAACGGCGUAUGGAGAAAUUGAAUGAAAUAAGUUGUAGUUUUGUAUGUCAGUCGCUGGCUGAUAAUUUGCACUCUACACAUCAGCCAGUGUUUGAAGAGAGUGUGGAUCUUGCAUUGCGAAAUUCUGCUGAAAAUAUUUCUCGUCCAUUGGAAGCUAUAAAUCCUCACAUUGGACAUAAACUUGCAAGCAGUGGUUUAAGAGCACAAAUCAGACCAACAAGUAUAAACAUCCCUGGCCAUUCAUACAGGCAACAUUUGAGGGGCAGUGAUGGAGCAGGUCCAAGUUAUUUAUCUUAUGGAGAUGGUGCCUGUUGUUCUUCUGUUGUCACAGUUUCUGGCAGCACAGUUGGUGACAACUGCUCUAUGUGUUGUAAUGCAUCAAGCCCAGAUUCUAUUUGUGAAGAUCAUAGACCACAAGCAGAGGUUCACAUAAUCCAAUCAUCUCGUUCUUUAAAUAGACAAGGUAUUUCAAGAUCUGGAUCAAUUUGUUCUGAAACAGGAGAAAGGAGACAUCAUCGUUCUGCUGGUUCUUCACCAACUACUCUUCCUCGCUCAAACCAUUCUUCAGAUGGAAACAGGUAUUCUGAAUCUCGCUGUGCAUCUUCUUCUCACAUUUUAGUUAAUGAUCGGACUAUGAGCAAUAGAAAUAGCUUUCAAGGACAAGAUUCUGUUGAUGGAAAUGUGAGACACAUUCCAGUUUGGAUCGUGAAUUCAGUUGCCAUUGCUUCUAGACAUGAAUAUGACACCCCAAACGUUCAUUCCUCUUCUAUUCGCCGUUCUGCUAGUGGAAGCUUUGGGGAGAAUUCCCGAUCAGUAGGUGAUAUCAGUUCUCCCUUAGACUUUAGAGAUUCAAUGCUUUCCUCUGGUAGUAGUUGGGAAGCUUGUAGUCAUCUAUGAUGGUUUAAAGAUUAAUGAUUGAAUUGAAAAUGUAGAAAGAUUCAGGUCAUUAAGGUU